CUCAGCUGUUCGACCUUCCAUUCGAAACGAAAAAGUCAACAGGUUCGGUUCGCAACGCAAGUGAAAUAAGUGGAAAAACAUGGCAAAAGAAAUUUCAUUGGCUACAGUCAAGCAGCACAACAAGGCAGAAGAUCUCUGGAUAGUUAUCGAAAAUAAAGUCUAUGACGUCACCAAGUUUCGGACCGAGCAUCCCGGUGGCGAGGACUCCCUCAUAGAUGUGGCUGGUCGUGAUGGCACCAAGGAGUUCAUCGACGUGGGCCACAGCCUGGAGGCCAGGGAGAUAAUGAAGAAGUUUUACAUUGGCGAUUUGGCAGCUGCUGAUGUCAAGACGACAGUCCCAGUUAGAUGCGCUCACGUGGGACUGGCCCUGGGUGCUAUUGUUCUGGGCCUUUCGAUUAUCUAUGUGUUCAAGCGAUGAGGAGGACCCAAGCAGUAACCAUCGGUAUCGGUACUGUCUGAUAUUUCUCCUGCUCCUUCCUUUCAUUCCGCCACGACUGGAACAAAUUGGAAUAUUAAUGCUCGCAUUUUAGAUGUUGUACAAUAAUGUCAUUAUUUGUUGUGUCGUUUUACAAAAAAAAAAACCCACAAAGUACCCGUGUAUGUAUAUAUACGAUAUUAAUUUCUUAGAAUUAAUAGAACUCCGAGAGAAAUCCAAGUAAGAGUCCAUAGGAGAGAGCGAGAGAGCAGGGACUCUGAAUGUAAAACGCUAUACAUGUACUCACCUACCAAUCUAUCUAUCAAUCUAUCCAUCUAUAUCUAUAGUCAAAGUUCUAUCUGUAGUACACACAUUUGUUCAAUGUUUAAUUCAAUAAACCAUCUACUGUAUACAAAGGGUAA